AUGGCACCUGAACCUGUAGAUAAGUGGGUUUUCUCGCAGCUUCGUGCCGUGAUCCUGCGGUCUUCACGGACACCAAGCGCGACGUCUGAUGAUGCAGAGAAGGAGAACACGGAUACAGAGAGCCCUUCGGUGUUCCACACGCCGAGCUUCACCGAGUCCAAGGUGCCGUGGCGAGUGGAACAACAGCUGCGACGUACCACCUGUACCUUCAUCGAGCACCUAGCGCAGCUCCUGGAGAUGCCUGAAGCUCCCAGCAUAGCCGCUCAAUUGUUUGUCCAAAGAUUCUACAUGAUGCAUUCGUUUGCGACCCACGACCGCUUCUUGGUAGCUACAGCUGCGCUGUUUUUAGCUGGCAAGACGGAGGAAUUCCCAGUCAAGGUCCGCUACGUCACCGAGUGCUCCAUGUACCUACUGCUAUGUCGAGAACAAGCUCAAGAGAAAUUAACGACGAAACAUAAGUCUCAUACGCCGAAAGCCAAUGCAGCUGUUGCACAGCGUCACUCGCCGUCUCCUGCUGCGGCCAAAAAGAAUCAGAAGCUCGAUGCCAAAGGAAAACUUGUGGAGAUGAGCUCCACGCUCGGAAAUGACAAGGAAGCAGCAAAUACCAAGCACAUCGAGUGGCUGAAUGCGUUAUUAGAGGUCGUGGAGGUCGGAGAGGUCGAAGCCAACUCCAGUAAGGUCUUGCUCCUCGAAAGGAUCUUGCUACUCACCCUGUCUUUCGAGAUCGGAGCGCCGCAGCCAUUUGCCUAUGUGGCUCCGCACAUGGAGAAGAUUUUCGACUUGGAGGCGAUGCAUCCGGAUAUUUCGUACGAGAAUAUUCGUCAAGUCACAUUCAUGCUGGUCGCCGAUGCUGUGAAAAGUGGCUUGAUACUGGCGUUUGACUGCAUUGCGCUUGCUGCUGGUGCAGUGUACCUGGCGUGUUUGUAUCAUCAUCAAGUGAGUCCGAAUGUAGCAACAGAGAAGAACGAGCCGUGGUGGACGGUGCUGCAGCUGCCGGAGAGGGAGCUGGAAGAGGUAGCGAGAUGCUACUUGUGGAUGUAUGAAGAUGAGAGUGGAGACAAGAUCAAAGGACUUGGACCUGAUUUCCUCGACCUGUGGACACAAUACCGACCAAACGACAACCGACCCGACCUGGAGUAUAUCAAGGCACUGGAUGCCUCUCUACAGACGCCAUAG